UUUAUUAAUUGCCACGUUAUGGAAAUUGCAAAUUACCAAUACAGAGAUAUCACUCAAUAAUUUCUAUCUAAAGUACACGUUAAACUUGUUGCAAUGAAAAAGGAAUAACCAAAUUGUAAUAAAAUUGUUUAUUUUAAUUAGAAUUUCUACUUACAGCCAAACUUGCAAAAGAAAAAGUUGAUACAGCUAAUGAAAGACUCUAAGAAUUCCAUACAAGUAUAUAUUAAAAUGUUAUAAUUUUAGCAUCUCAAUCUACUGGGCUCUUUAAUGAUCAAGAUUACAAAUUAAACACUAUUCUUUCAUAAGUAAAAGAUGAUAUUAGUCAAAUACAUAUACAUCUAAAUUCACUUAAAACUCAAUUGAAUAAUGAUUUACAUUAAUCAAUCUUUGAUUUUGUUCAGCAAAAAGCUAUGAAAACAUCUGAUUCAUUUAAAAAAGUAUUUAAUUUAUACAAUUUAAUCUAAGUUAUUAUAAAGUCAUACAUUAAGAAUCAAACAAUAAGAAGAAAAAAGAAAUAGAUUAAAUGGAGAUAGACUAAUAAAGAGAAAUUUUAAUCAAAAAUAUUAGAAAUUGAAUGAAACUGAUGAAGAAACUGAUCAUUAAACUAUUUAAAUGUUUGAUUAGAAAUAGAAUGAAGAAAAAUUGGUUUCCAUGUAAAAAAUUGAGUCUAUGUUAAAUGAAAUUGCUGGUGUAUUUUAAAGAGUUGGAGUUAUGGUGAAAUUAUAAGAAACUAUGAUUGAAAGAAUUGAUAAAUAUACAGACGAAGCUUCAUUAAAUGUUAGCAAAGGACGUAAAGAACUAUAAGAAUCACAUAAAAAAAUAAGCUCAAAUAGAGGUUUAAUAUUAAAGGUUUUUUUAAUUUUGUUUAUUUUUGCUUUUAUCUACAUUGUAUUUAUUUUGUGA